UAUGGUCAGCCCACAGCAACGAGUGUGGUAAUUUCAACGACGAAACACGUACGACAUAAUCAGUUGUUAUAUUGUCACAGACUCACAGCGCUUAAUGCAAUCGUUUUAAAAUUAAAAUAUUAUUUAAAUUUCUGUCUUUGUUCGAAUCGUCGCUUGUGUUAGUUCGUUUAAAUUUAUUUACUCGUGCCGUCGGGCUUUUUAUUUAACAUUUACAUCGGUUACUAACUGAUAGAUUUUUUUUAUCAAAAAUAAGAAUUAUGAAUCCAGUGACAGACGUGGUUGUUAUGUUGUUGGAAACACCGUUUCAACGUUGGAAGUCUGGUAGUAAAAAUGAUUUAUUAAAAGUAGGUAGACCUAUUCCGAUUUUAUCAAUUUUGACUCCUGACAAAAAACAAAGUAAGGUAUUCUGUAGGUCAUUUAAUCCAAAUUUAUAUCAACAACACUCUUGGUUAUGUGGAAGUCAUUAUAUACAAAAAUUGUUUUGUUGGCCUUGUUUGUUAAUAGGUCAAGUUAAGUCUGUUUGGAAUACUAUUGGGUAUUGUGAUUUAAAAAAUUUAUCCAGGAGUAUACAAAUACAUCAAACAUCAAAAGAACAUAUUCAUAAUCAUUUGGAAUUGAAAAACUUAGAAAAAAAUAGUUUCACUAAAAAAGAUAUCGUUAACGAGCAUGGAAAUUUGUUCAAAAAAAAUUAUAAUGAAAACGUGAGAUUGAAUCGCUUAUUUAUAGAGCACUUAAUUGAUUUGGUUUUAUUUUUGGGAAAACAAGAGUUGUCAUUUUGUGAUCAUAAGGGCAGUGAUCCAUUAAAUAAAGGGAAUUUUAAAGAGUUGUUUGAUAUGCAUAUUAAUAGAUGUUCUCAGGAAGUAAAAAAUCAUUAUGAGAGUAUAAAAAACACAUUUUCAGAUUUGUCCAAAUCUAUACAAAAUGAUUUGAUUAUGUGUAUUUCUGAAUCUUUAAUAAACCAAAUAAAAAAUGAAAUUAGGCUAUGUAAAUUUUAUUCUAUACAAAUUGAUGAUACCACAAAUAUUAGUCAAAAUACACAAUGUUCAAUUAUUAUUAGAUAUGUUACAGAUAAAUCUAAAUUAGUUGAACGUUUCUUGGGUUUUCAUAAUGUUAAUAAAGACCACACAGCUCAAGAUUUAUUUAAUCUGAUUUAUUCUGCUUUACAUGAGCUUGAUAUAGAAAACAAAUUAGUUUGCCAAUGUUAUGAUGGAACAUGUGUAAUGUUUGCGCAUUUAACAGGUUUACAGGCUAUAGUUAAAGAGCUUGCACCUAAUGCUUUAUUUACACACAGCCUAUCUCAUAGAUUAAAUUUAGUAUUACAACAUGGUUGUAGUAUAAAUACUAAAUGUCGUAUAUUUUUUGCUAAUCUAACUGGUAUUUUUACUUAUUUUCACGAUUCCACCUCACGUACUAAUAUCGUAGAUAAUAUCUUAGGAAAACGAAUACCUCAAUUUGUUCAAAGUAGAUGGUCUUCACGGUCAAAAAUUUUAAGUACAUUAGUUCAUGAGUGGUCUGGGUUUAUAAAUGUUUUUAAUUUUAUUAGUAAUGAUCCAACAUCGUCGUCUGAAUCUAUUUGUGGUGCUAUAGGUCAUUUAAAAAAUUUAAAAACUUUUGAAUUUGCUUUUUUAGCACUGGUAUUUAGUAAUAUAUUCAUAUAUACCGAAAAUUUAUUUAACGUACUUCAAAAUAAAUCAUUUGAUAUAGAAUUCUGUUUGAUAAAAAUAACUACAACAUGUGAUCUUUUAAAGAAAAAAAGAAAUAAAUAUGAAUUUUUAAAAUUAUUUAAUCAGGCGGUAACUUUUACAAAACCCACAAGAAAUGAAUCUACUAAUCAAUCAAAUUUUAAAAUAUUAUUUUAUGAAAUAAUUGAUAAUAUUCUAAUGCAAUUAAACACCAGAUUUCAAGAUACAAAUAAAUUACUUUUUAUAAAGUUAGCUGAUACAACCAAAUUUAAAGAAUUUUCUUGCAAAUUUCCAAAAAAUGCUUUAAAUAAUUUGAAAUCAACUUAUUCUAAUAUAUUUUAUGAUAUAAAUAAAUUAAAAGUUGAAUUGGAGGUUUUGUAUAGUGAUGUAAAAUAUCAAAAUCUAUUACACAUGUAUGACAUGGUUAAAAUUAUUGAACAAGAUGCAUUGAAAGACAUUUUACCUGAAGUUUAUAAAUUAUUUAUUCUUAUUUUAACAUUACCUUCAAAUAGUGUACCAAAUGAAAGAAAUUUAUUUUGCCUCAAAAGAAUUAAAACCUAUACUCGAAAUAGUAUUUCAAAACUUCGUUCAAGUUCUCAUGCAAUACUAUCAAUUGAAAAGUCUUUGAUUCAUCAACUUAAAGAAACUGAAUCGUUUUAUGAUAAUAUUAUUAACAUAUAUGCUAAUCAACAAGAUAGGAGUAUAAAUCUAUCAUACAAAACAUAAUAGUUUAAUUUAGUUUUAUCUAAUCAGUAAUCAAUAGUUUUAGGACUAGAUACACUUAAAAAAUUUUUUUAGAACUACCACAAAUAUUAAAAUGGUGUUAAUUAUCCAUUACUUGUUAUAUCAUUAUUAACACAAAACAUGUAUAUUAUUAUAAUAAAUAUUAUAUUAUGUAAUUAUAAUUAUUUUUAUGUUUUGAAAUUCCAUGAUUAUGAAAUUUAAUUUUUGUUAUGAAGGAGGGGUAAGUGUACAUAUUAGCAAAUUGCCAAAAAAGUACAACCAAAACUACCACUGUACGAAUAUGACUUGCAGUAUUAACAGUACGAAUAAAAAUGAAACCAUGAUUAUUCACAUUGGCUGCAGGUACAAUUUAGCACCCUAAAACAAAGGACAAUACGGAACAAUAUGUUGGCAAAAACCUUGAAAGAUACAAACUGAAAACCAGUUCACAACAACAUGGUUUAAAACUAAGCUGCAAUCGACGAAAAUGGACAACACAAAUCACGAAUAAAAAAAAUAUCGGUCACUGCUCAUCACCAAAUGGACGUAAUGACUAAAGAGAAAGAGACCCAAAACAGUCAGUCGAAUGUUUUUUAAUGAGAUGCUGCUCGGCCACGCACAUGAAUCACAAAACGAAAACUCAGUGUCACCUAAAUAAAUUAAAAUAUACAAGAACUACCUACCAAAGUUUCGAUAACAAUGAGGAUAAUGAAUAAAAAUAAUAAAAAUUCACGAAAACAUAACCGAACUAUUACGAAAAGGUCAAAAACCAUGCAUGCAAUACCAAAAACGGCUAACGUACUCGUUGUCCGCACUACCAUAUUAUAGCACGCACGCACCGGGUGGUCAGCAAUACAACAGCUGAGCUGAUACUGCUAUUGACCUCUCCACGGCAAUGCACGAUACCAACCUUAACAAAAUGUAAUUGAUGCAUAUGAAUGUAUUAAACAAAAGUCAGAAGUACUAAGCGAACUAACCUAACUCUCCGACAUACAGAUUUUCAAAUACUACAUUAUAGUUCAUAUGUGAUGAUAUGGAGUGGUGCGUGAACGAGUAUAGAACUACGAGUCUGUACUGCCCACGACAUGACCAAUUAGCAGCCGGGUACUUGUAUCUUGAGCUCUAUUACCGUGGCCAUCUUACCGUAUGCAAGUUCUGCGACCGGGUGUCGUGAGAAUGGGUCCGAGCUGAUCCGCCAAAACAUUAUUAACAAUAAUAUUAUGUGCAAUAUCGUUGUCCGUCUUGGACAAGGUUUCGUAGAACCAAUAUCACUAGGUUAGCUUCGUGCACAAUACCUAACUCCAUAAAAUACGAAUGCGGUGGGUCUAGACAGCACGCACUAACCGAAAAUUAGCUUGAUAGUUGUUGAUACAGACAUUUUUAAAGGCGGUAAAAAUAAAUCACGUUAGCCAACCUCACCGUGCCAAACGGCAGUGGGAUCUGGAUGACCAAGGUUACCGUAAUCAGGGUCGGUCACGGUACUUUUACCGCAAUUUUAUCAACAUCUGUCAGAACCACCAGAAUUGCGCUGUUGCAUCCACGAAUACAUUUAAAACAGUGCCGACCCAACUCAACUCUCUGUAUUGCCAAUGUGUCAUCAAAAUACAACGAGAACUCGCACACACACUCCAAACUAAAUUACUUAUCUAUAAGGUAGGCAUUGUCGUCGUAACUAACUGAUUAUUAUUAUUUUUACAUUACGUAAGUAAAUUUGUCGAAGUAUGAUAUCUGAAAUCUGUGAUAUAAUGAAAUAUUUAUUCAUUUUUAGCUACAAUUUUCGUUCGUAACUCAUAUUUAAAACUGUAUCGUAUGUUUUUUUGUUCUCUAUAAUCGAUAUUAUAUUUGACAUGAUAUGAAAUCUUAUACAAAUCAAGAAAUGUAAUAAUUAUUUCAAUAAAUGUAUAUUAUUUAAUCAAA